AGUCUCGGGCAUGCGCUCAGCGGCUGCCAUGGAGUUGAGGGCAGGAGCGCCGAGGGAUCGCUGCAGUGGCCGCCGGCGGGACUGACAUCGGCAGGAGCGGGGCAUCGCGGCGGUCCCCGGUCCGGCCCGGCAGCCGCCCCGCUCGGGGCGCACCAUCCAGCUCACGGGAGAUCGGGGCGGGCGGCGUCCCGGUGGAUGAGCGGCGGCGGCCGGCGCAGGCAGCUAUAGUCUGGUGCAUUCCUGGGUGGGAGCCAGCGUGCCUGCCUUUGCACAGGAGUUGAAGGCAUGAUUAACUGUGCACAGAUUGGAGCAAGAAUCUUGCAGAGAGACUUGGAAAGGAAGAAUUCUUCGACUCCUUAAAGGAUAUAAGGCUGCUGUAGAGGUUUCCCUGCCUGGCUUUAACCACAGAGUCUCCUUGUUGGACGUGCCAUUCCUGUGACGAUGCAUUCCCUGGACGAGCCCCUGGAUCUAAAGCUCAGCAUCUCCAAGCUUCGGAUGAUGAGGGGGAAGAAGCAGAGACGUUAUGAGACUACAGAAGAGAGCAGUGCCCGGAGGGAGCUGAAGAUGACCGACGAUGGAACAGCUAUCAUUGCACCAGCAUCUCCCCAGCCCUCACACACUGGUCCAUUUAUCAUUUCCCAGGCUCAGGAGAAGCCAGACUCGCGUUUCUCUCCAGCCCAGAGCUCUAUUUCCAUCGUGGAUCUCAGCCUGUCCCCUGCGUCUGCCCUUGACUCGCCGCCCAGCUCCGCCCUGCUGCCUGAGGAGCUGCAGAAUGGUGGUGAAGCUUCUCCUGGUGUUGGGACUGAUCCACAGCCAGUCCGCUUCCUGGAAGGGAGUCAGAGCUCACAGACGUUCCAGUUCUUCCUGCCUCUGGGUUCGACCAGCCCAGUGCACCUGUCGUCCUCCUUGUUGGUGACGCCCCCGAAGGAGAUGCAGAACUUGCUGGACCUCCCAGAAGAACAGCUGGCGUGCAGGUGGCGCAAGUGUAACCAGCUGUUUGAAUCACUUCAGGAUCUGGUCGAUCACGUCAACGACUUCCACGUGAAGCCGGAGAAGGAGACUGGAUACUGCUGCCACUGGGAGGGCUGUGCACGGAGAGGCAAGGGCUUCAACGCCAGGUACAAGAUGUUGAUUCACAUUCGAACUCACACUAACGAGAAGCCUCAUCGUUGCCCCACCUGUAACAAGAGCUUCUCGCGGCUGGAGAACCUGAAAAUCCACAACCGCUCACACACGGGUGAGAAGCCAUACAUCUGUCCUUACGAAGGCUGCAAUAAGCGGUAUUCCAACUCCAGUGAUCGUUUCAAGCACACCCGGACACAUUAUGUGGACAAACCGUAUUACUGCAAGAUGCCCGGGUGUCACAAGAGGUACACAGACCCCAGCUCCCUGCGCAAACACAUAAAGGCCCACGGGCAUUUUGUGUCACCGGAGCAGCAGGGGAUGCUGAAGCUUCGGCAGGUGGUGAAGAAUCCUGUGGCAUCGGAGAUGCCUUACCUCAACGGGACACAGAUCAUCAUUCCCAAUCCAGCGGCCCUCUUUGGCAACCAUCCGCUGCAGGGACUGGGGGCGUCCCUGCCGAUACCAAUACACCCUGCCCCUCUGGACCUCAGUCCCCUGACUUGCAACACCAUUGCCUCCUCUCCGAUCUCAGCUGUCCCCAGCUCCGUCAUCUCCCUCAACGGCACUCCGAUAAACUUGGCCAAGUCAUCCUUAAUGUCCUCACCGUUGUCUGCCAGCACUCUGGGACUUCCAUUGAUGUCCUUGGUGGCCGGAUCUCAGAGCCACCUCGAGAGGCUGCCGACUUCAAAACCAAAAACAGCGGGCUGUAGAAAACAGGAUGGGAAGACCAAAGGUCACCCCUCACUCGAGAGGGCAGAGGCGCGACUGAGGCCCCCAGCGGAAGGUUUCUCCAUGCUCCCCGGAGCAGUGAUAGACUUGUCGGGUGGAAUGGGCAACCUGCCCGGGGCUGACUCUCUCCCUCCGGCCUGGGUGGUCAUUCCCCCAGGCUCAGUCCUGCUCAAACCGGCAGUGGUAAACUGAGUCUGUUCCAGCCAGCCCGGCUGUGUUGGUCACUGACAAAGGCAACCAUUGGAACAAGCCUUGGUUACCAGCCAUCCCGAGGUUGAACAGAAAAUUCAUCAUUAAUUCCUCUGCCUGUUGGGUUGAAUAUGUUUGCCAGUGGUAACUAGUGUUCAAACUAAAAGGAAAGGGCUGAUGUUGAAUUCCCCAGGAUCAGAUCCAGGUUUUAAUUCUGGGGGAGAAGCUGUCUCUUGUUGUCCGGGCCUUGCUGAUAAAUGUCCCAAUGAAUGAGAUGAAGACUCAUUGGCCCACAGAUGUAAGUGCAGCGGCAGAGGCUGACCCAACGCUGGGAGUUGUCGGAGGGGCUGCUCGACCCUAGGGAUACAGAGGGGACUUCCAGCUCUUCCCAGCCCCAGCACAGAGCUCCCGCUUUCACCAGUUACAAAUUCCUUAUUUUGUACCAGAUCACGAAGAUAAGAAUAUUCAUUGAUACCAGAAACCUGUCAGCAGACGAAGCUUCAAAUUAUCAUCUUGUGGUUUUUGGGGACUUAAAUCCAUUUACUUGAUGAGUGAUUGGAUGUGGAAACGCUGAGGACACGGAUCAGGAAGAGUCAGCAGGGAGUCACGGCUCAGUUGGUGAGAAGGGUGGAACAGUAGGCAAUGAGGUUUAUUUGGGAAUUGGGAUCAGGGAAUGGGGUCAAUAGGGAUGGGUUCAGUGGGGAAGGGGUGGGAAUUUCACUGGGGGCAUUCAGGAGUGUGGAUCAGUGGGGGGACUUGGCUCAGAGCCAUUGAACAACUGUACAAUUUGCAGAGAAGCACCUUGUGUUGAGCAGAACACACUCAGUCAGGGGUGUGGGGGUUGGAGGGGAGCAGUGGGGGUGAAUUUUCAGCUUAGCUUCAAUCUUGUCACCUGUGCUCGUUCAGCCCAUUUACUGGGACACUUCAUAGUUUUUGAUAAAUACUGGCGUAACUGUCAGCAAUUUGCAAGGACUAGAAGCAGUGAUUAUUGUUCCUUAACACCCACAAACAAAAACUGUGUAAGAAGGUUAAAUGGGGACAGCUAUUACAAGAUUUAAAAAUUGCAGGUAAAUCUAUAUUUGGAAACUACAGGUGGGUGGGCAUGUAUGUACAGAUCCACUGCAGUGAAAGUUCCCAUUAAAGGCAGCCUCCUGCCACUGUGGUGACUCAGUGAUUCUGACUAUAAGGAACAAAUGUGACAGGGAAUGUGUUACAGGAACCAAGUGUGACACCUGCAGGAAAUGUAGGUUACAUGCACGACUAUCAGUAAAUAGUUUAUACAGAAUCUCCUAGUUGUUAUUUAAGGUGUGGGUGAGUCUGAAUUGAUGGACUUUAACUGUAUUUAUCCAUCCUCCCCCCCCCCCGCCCCCCCCGAUCUUCUUAGGCAGCCCCUCAGGUUUGAGGAUAAUUUAUUCCUUGCAGUGGUUGGUUAUAAAAUGAUAAAAGCCAAUAGCACAGGUGACCAUUGGGCCCACUGUGUCUUUUCUAGUUCUCCGUUUGAACAAUCCCCCGAGCUAAUCCCGCUGCCCCGCUCUCUAUCAAUAGCCCUUCAUCAGUCGAUAACUGAUCCCUUUUCCCCUCUCUCCCCCUGGGCCCGUAAAUUCCCGUCACAAACGCUUAUUUGAUGAUCUCUCUGUCCCCUUUCACGAUUUUCUCUGAACACUGUGACAUUCAGUUUUCAGUUAAUUGUAGGAGGGACAGAAUCUUUCUCCUGCUCCGUGGGAGUCAGGUGUACACUACUUAUAACAUUGUGUUUACAAAGUGCAUUAUACAACUGGUGUGUCAUGCUUCUGUCAUUACAGCAGGCAAACAUGUAAAUGUUACCACUCACUGCUAAUCAAACAGAAUGCAUUUAAAUCAGAAGAGAUUGUUCUUUAGCCGCCUGGUAUUUUAACACUCCUACAUGGCACUCACCAAUGCUCAGAAAGUGUAGUUUUGUGAGGUAACUUUAAAAAUAACCCAGACUUCCACCACCUCAUUCAAUGACCAUAAGUACAUCAGUCAGAAACAGGAGUCCCGAAGGUGAAUAUUGACCCAAAUGUCCAAUUACGACCACUUCGCAAAGGAAAAUUAUCUCAAAUUCAUCAGGUGAGAGUCACAUCCUGUGUGCUCAGUAGCUGACCGACCAAUGAAGUAGAUACAGAGAGCCAUUCCCAUUAAACAGUAACAGAAGGCUAACCGUACACGUGCAGUGAGAUUAUCAUACCCCUGUAUCAACUCACUUCCUGCUGAAACGCUCAGGUUUUCCCUCUUUUUACCUUCUAGACGACUGUUCCAACAUGACUAGACCUGUAUCUUGUGGAAAGCCUGUAAUGUUUGUGUCCCAGCUUGCACCAUAUCCCAUUCGUCACCGAGCUUGCUGGUCUACACUGGCUCCCAGCUUGCUGGUCUACACUGGCUCCCAGCUAAUCAACAUCUUCAUUUUACUUUUCUCAUCAGUGUUUCAAACCCCUCCACAGUCUCAUGCCUUCCUCUCUCUGUAAUCUCCUCUGGUCCUGCAAACCUCAGACCUCUGCACCAAUCCUGGCCACGCAAACAUUCCUGAAUUUAACCGCUCUAUCAUUGGUGGCUUUAACAUCUAUUGUCACAGCCUGAAGCUUUAAACUUCUCUUUAAUUCUCAUUCCUUCAAACCUACCUCCUUGACCAGACCUUUGGUCGUCUGUCCCAAUAUCCCAUAUUGCUUGUUGUCCAGUUUUGUGCGGUAACAUUCCUGUUAGGCACCCUGGGACAUUUUACCUUGUUAAUGACUAUAUAUAACAUGUUGUUUAUAUGUAUGAUUAUAGAUGCAUCUCAUUUUCAGUUCAAUAACCAGAGUGCAAAACUGGAAAGCCUGUAGCAGUGGUUGGUUUACAACUAACCCACCGAUUCUGUCACCUCAGCGAGAACCACAAACCCAAUGAAGGCCGAUGGCAAAGAGUAAAACCAGUGGGAUCCCGUUAACGCUGGGAGCUUCGUACUGUGGCUCUCACGUUGACAGCAAGAGAUCACACUGUCAAAAUGUGUGUUCAUGACAAAGCAUACCAGCCUGUGUGCUGCCUGUCAAAAUGUUUGUAAAUCUCUUUAUAAGCAGUUUAUUAAAUUUUACUAUUUCUAAGACAAAGAAACAUUUAUCUUUCUGCAGGCUGUACACUGUAUCCUACUGUUAAGUGUACUCAGACCCCAGUGGGUCGAGAUUUCUCUCCCAUCCUCUAGUAUUAAUAAGCUAAACAAUAAUGGAUUAAGCUUUGUUAAAGGUCAUUUGUACAGUGUGUGCGUUAUUGGACAAGGCCCACCUGGGUCCAGAUCAGAUUACUGAACAUUCCACAUUUUCCCAGCAGUAUUUUUAACAUGUUCAAAGUGCCUUUUUACAGUACAAUCUAAGUAGGUGUGCCUCCCAUGAUGGAGACUCACUGGGUAGCAUUAGUUUUUAAGGCUCAAGCUGAUGCCCUGUACUGACGUCCUCUUAAAAGGGACACAGAAUUUGAGGGAAAACAUCAAUAAAGUUUAAUUUGUUAACUUA